CGAGAAGAGUAAUGAUGAACUGCGUGCACCGGCCUACAAAUUAUGGUAUUUAAAGGGAGAGGUGUGAGCUGUGCAUAUUUGCCAUUCUCAGUACAAAGUCAUUUUAGGAGAUAGAAAGAAAGAUACACAAAAGGGUGCGGUCCCCACUGACCGGCGAUGGUGCAGCGUUGUUGCUACACCGUGCUUGCUUCCUUGCUGGCUGCUGAUCCUUCCCAGAAAUUGAUGAGUGAGAGGAUCAAUCCAAAUUUUCUUGCUUCCUUUAAUUAUUUUUUGUUUUCUCAAUUUUCCUGUUUAAUUUUUAUUCAAUAAAAACAAAAUGAGAUCCACCGAUGAACUCCAUUUUAUGGAUCCAUUUCGUUUGAUCGAUUAGUUUUGAAUAUUUCCAUAUAUCAAAAUCUAAGAGCACUGGAAGUACCUCUGAAGUCGUAGCCGUUUGAAUGGAGAGGCUCGCUGCAAAAGCGUCCGUUAAAGGUUUGAUGCGGUGGGAAUGACAAUCGAAUGAAUUCUCAAGGGGCGGUGUUUAACACCCCUCCUGCAUUAAAAUGACAGUGACGCCCCCAGACGUUACAAAUAUUUACAAUCAUUGCUAGUGCCCUAAGUUUCUACGAGUCUUUGGUGGAACUUAAACCUAAGAGGCCGAGUUAAUUAAGAUUUGAUAUAUCUUGAUAUUAAAUUCAAAAGUACAUUCACAUACAAGAUUGUUUCUAGCUACUAAGUGAAAUUUGCAAUGAAUAGGACUAAAAGAUAAGUCAUUUCUCAAUGGAAAUAAAAAUAUAUGGUGUUAUAUUGAGAAAGUCAUUAAGUUUUAGUCUUAUUUAGGUCAAUUAUCCUUCUAGUAAUUGAACUUUACUAAAAAAAAUUAUAGCCUCAUACACUCCCUCUGUCCCAAUUUAAUGUUCUUAAUUUUGAUUUAGACGAAGUUUAAGAAAAAAUGAAACUAUGUAGUUAAAAGUGUUUCAGAGGAAAGAGAAAAUGUGAGCCACAAAAAAUUCCAAAAAAAAGAAAGAGGAAUAUUAUUCUUAUCCUAAAGACGGAAUCUCCUAUGUUUGUGGCUGAUUUUAGAUCAAUUUCUUUUUGCAAUGUCCUGUAUAAGAUAAUUAUUUCAAAGAAACUGAGCUCCAAACUGAAGAAGGUUCUACGAGUUAUUAUCAAUCCUAACCAAGGAGUAUUUAUAGAGGGGAGGGAGCUAGUGCACAAUGUUCUCUUAUGCCAUGAACUUGCUAGGGGAUAUAAUAGGAAAAGGAUAUCUCCUAGGUGUUUACUAAAGAUUGAUCUUAAGAAAGCAUAUGACUAUUUAAUUUGGAAAACCAUAAAAGGAAUCAUCGAGGCCAAGAGAUUCCCAAGCAGGUACAUUGAUUGGGUAAAUUUUUUUAUUUCUAGUACUUCUUAUUCUAUAAUGUUGAAUGAAGAAAAUGUUGGGUUUUUUAAUGGAGGCAAAGGAAUCAGACAUGGGGAUCCUAUAUCUUCCCUCAUUUUCACUCUGAUCAUGGAAUAUUUGACUAGGGCAUUGAAGGUGUAUUCCAAUAAGAAUAGAUUCCAAUAUCAUCUUAUGUGUAAAGCUCUUAAAAUUAUUAAUUUGGCGUUUGUUGAUGACUUGAUUGUGGUAUGUAAAGCAGACAAGGAAUUUGUUCAAACUAUACUUGAUUGUUUUGAACAUUUCAGGACUACGACAUGAUUGGAGGUUAACUGCUCUAAGUCCUAGAUGGUAGUAGGAGGAAUGCAUGAGCAUGAAGAAGUGGAAAUAUUUAAAAUGACUAAUAUGAAUAAAGGAGAACUGCCUUUCAAAUACUUAGAUGGGCCCAUUUCUUAGAUAGCUAGGGUUUAAGAACCUAUGUAACUGAAACUAUGCAUGUAAUCAAAGACUCGAUCAUUUGGUAUAUAUCGAAUAAAAAUGAUAUUUUGUGGGUAAAGUGGAGGAAUAGAGUUCCCACCAAAGCCAAGCUUAGCAAGUUCAUGGAUGUUGACCUUAAUUGUGUUCUCUGUAUGAAUGCAAUUGAAGAUAGAGAUCAUAUGCUCUAUGAAUCUAGAUUUACUAGAGAAGUGCGAAAUGAUAUUGGCAGUUGGAUCAGAUAUAAAUGAAAUGAAGCAAAUGAUAGGGAAUGGCAGAACGAAUGCGCUGGAAGAUUCGAGGGAGGAAGCAACGGCAGAUUGUGAUAGCUGCGUAUGCAGCUGUCUGCUAAGUUGUAUGGAGGGCAAGGAACAAGAAGAUCAAACAACAUGGGGAGGUUUCAACUGAAGAAUGUUGUGCUUUUGUUAGGAAUCAGAUCAAAGUCUUCAUUAACUUUAAAUUAAGAUCUAAUUACUUGAUGUAGAAGUUGGUAGUAUAUUGUUGUUGGCCUGCUGUAUGGCUUGGUGUUGUACUGGUUGUGAGACAUGGUUUGUUUAAUAAUAUGUGUAUUUAUUCAAAGAAAAGAAUCUGCAUCAU